AUGCCACGCUCGCGACAGGAAACGUUGGACGCGAUGAUCGAGAUCGAGGAACCCUCCAAGUGCAUCAAGUUUCUUCGUUUCUUCUGGAAAUUCUUCAGAUGCGUUUUCUCCCACGUGUUCCUCAUCUCGCUGGUCGUGUUAUACUGUUUGAUCGGUGCGUACGCCUUCGAGGCGCUCGAGGCUGGCCACGAGAAGGAGAUAAAGAAAAGUAUCAAGGACAUCAGGGGAAACGUGGCGGAGCAACUAUGGAAGAUCACCAAGGAAGUCGAAGUAUUGAUUCGCGAAAAUUGGACAGACAAGGCACUGCGCGAAUUGAAGAACUUCGAGAGCAAGCUUGUGUGGACGAUGGAGAAGGAGGGGUGGGACGGCAGGGAGGGUGAAGAUGAAAUUCAAUGGACGUUCGCUGGUGCUCUGUUUUACUCCAUCGUGGUCAUCACAACAAUUGGUUACGGUCACAUCGCUCCGAAGACCAAGAACGGGAAAGUUGUGACCAUAUUCUACGCCAUCCUGGGGAUUCCCCUGAUGUUGCUCUGCCUCUCUAACAUCGGCGACAUCAUGGCGUCGAGUUUCAGAUUUUUGUACUGGAGAGUCUGCUGCUACGUGUGCACGAAACCACCCAAGAGGAGGCGACCGAGGCACAGUAUGGGCAGAUCGUAUUCCGUGCGACAAUCGGGACGGUACGGUACGAAUAGAGGAGCUUUUCGUCGGUCCAUAAGGAUGAGCCAGAGGUCCGCAGACUCAGCCCUGGGCCUAUCGGAAUGUAUGACGAGGUCCUCGUACUCCGACACCGAUUGCAAGUACAAUGCUCGACGGUUCGAGGACAUGGAGCAGAGAAGGCCGAGUAUCUACCAGCCGCCAGGGAAUCAGAAUUUGGGAUUCAAGUCCGCGACGGUUUAUCGAUACUCGGAUUUACCAGUGGAGGCUUCGAGGACUAGAGCUAGUCCCAAGAUGACGACGCAAUCGUUGGACAGAAGGCUGAUAAUGAAUCGUUCCCCCAACGAUACGGAUCGUUCCGCGGUUUUGUGCAACAGAUACGCCUUGGACGAGCUGCAAGACGAGUUAAAACGGUGGCAGGCUACCGCUGGAGACAGAUCCGAUACGAGCAAAUCGCAUGACAAAGACACGGAACCAAUCGCAGAGAGUACCAACAAAGCCGAGAAACAACCUUCAUUCACCACGAGGCCCUUGCCCAGGAGGUGUUUGUCGGUCGAGGGGGCCACCACGAAUUACAAAGCGACGCCAGGCCCGCCAUUGCGACUGCCCUCGGCGUAUCUGGAAAUGGAAAACCUGAGGAGAUCUCAAUCCAACAGGACCAGACGUUACAGGAGCAAUUAUCCUGUUGCGCGAUCUUACAGACGGGAUCAGUUGCCAGCGGACAUGAUGCCCCCGCCGGGAUUCCCCGUUCACAGGCAAGUUUAUGUCGAUGACUUCGAUUCCGAUUACGAGUAUUAUACCACGGACGAUCAAGACAGACAGCCGAUAAAGCCCGUACCAAUUUGGCUGUGCGUGUUCCUGGUGGUCAGCUACAUAUUCGGGGGUGCGUUUCUCUUCAGCGCCUGGGAACAAUGGCCGUUCCUCGAUUCAGCAUACUUUUGCUUCAUCACCCUAACCACCAUCGGAUUCGGGGAUUUCGUGCCGGCGUACAAGCUCGACGCGCACAGAGGGAUCGCGGUUUGCUCGUUGUACUUGUUAUUUGGAAUUGCUUUGCUGGCGAUGAGCUUCAAUCUGGUGCAAGAGGAGGUCAUCAACAAUGUGAAGAACGUCGCCAAGAGGCUCGGGAUCAUCAAAGAGAGUGACGACGAGGAAGAUGCCGACGACUACGACGCGUACGACGCUGAAUACAACGACGAGGUCGACAACGAGCUCGAGGGCUACGCCCUCGAUGCUCCUCGAUGUCACUCGAUGGCGAGAAACGUUCGCGGAAUGUCCAUCGCGUAG